UGCAAAUCACGUUCACCAUAAACAUCUUUUGAGUUUUGACUAACUUUCACAUGAUGGCUUCUCCGACAGUCUCAGACCUUGAAAACCCAAUCACCACCUCCGCCCUUCCCUACUCCUACGCCCCAUUGCCUGACGGCGAACAACCCGCCGGAAAUGAUCGCACCAUCCGCCCAUCCAGAAAGACAGCCCUCUUUCUUGUGUCUGUGUUCUUGGCCGUUGCCUUUCUAGUGGCAUUGUUCGCCGGAAACAGGCCAAUGCUUCUCAAAAACUUGAACACCAGUCCGGUGCCAUCCACGGCGGCAACUCCGGAAAAGGUAACACCUUUAUCUCGUGGGUUGGACAAAGGUGUGUCGGAGAAAUCUUUUCAUCCAUUGUUGGGUGCAAAUAAUUCGUAUCCAUGGAGCAACGACAUGUUGGAGUGGCAAAGAACUGCCUUUCACUUCCAACCCAAGAAAAACUGGAUGAACGAUCCUAACGGUCCAGUGUUUUACAAUGGAUGGUACCACCUGUUCUAUCAAUAUCAUCCCGAUGCUCCGGUGUGGGGCAAAAUCGUUUGGGGCCACGCUGUCUCCAAAGACUUAAUUAACUGGCGCCACCUCCCCAUCGCCAUGGAAACCGACCAGUGGUAUGACGAACAGGGUGUCUGGACUGGUUCCGCCACCAUCCUUCCCGACGGUCAACUCGUCGUACUUUACACCGGAUCCACCAACGAAUCCGUCCAGGUCCAAAACUUAGCUUAUCCAGCCGACCCAUCUGACCCCUUCCUAAUCAACUGGGUCAAAUACCCCGGAAACCCGGUUCUGGUCCCACCACCCGGUAUCGAUAAUAAAGAUUUCCGUGAUCCAACAACCGCAUGGCAGACCCCAGAGGGAAAGUGGCGAAUCACCAUCGGUUCUAAGAUCAACAAAACCGGUAUUUCAUUGGUUUACGACGCAGAAGACUUCAGAACCUUUGAGCUUUUAGACGGGUUGCUCCAUGCUGUGCCGGGUACCGGUAUGUGGGAAUGUGUUGAUUUUUACCCGAUAUCAAAACAAGGCGAGAAUGGGCUUGACACGUCAGUAGAUGGGCCUGGGGUCAAACACAUAGUCAAAGCUAGUAUGGAUGAUGACCGAAAUGACUAUUAUGCCAUCGACACCGAAGCCUCCGACAUCAAGAAGGGAGUUCCAAGAACUAUUGUGUUGGAUAAAAAAACUCAAAGCAAUAUAAUUCAGUGGCCCAUUGAAGAAAUUAAUCGAUUGCGGAAAAACCUUACGGUUUUCAAGGAUGUCGUUUUAGAUGUUGGCUCACUCGUGCCACUCAACCUGUCUUCUGCAUCUCAGCUAGAUAUUGUGGCCGAGUUUGAAGUGGAUAAGAAGACAGUGGAGCGAUUAAACGGAGCCGAUGUUGCAUAUGAUUGUGCCAAAAAUAGUGGAGCCGCACAACGAGGUGCAUUGGGACCAUUCGGUUUUUCAGUCCUUGCACAAGAAGGUGUAGCUGAACACACUCCCGUGUAUUUCUAUGUUGCCAAAGGAGUUGAUGGGAACCUUAAAACAUUCUUUUGUGCUGAUCAAUCUAGGUCAUCUAAUGCUAAUGAUGUCGAUAAGUCGAUUUAUGGGAGCAUUGUCCCAAUUCUUAAAGGUGAAAAGUUGUCUAUGAGAAUCUUGGUGGACCAUUCGAUAGUUGAAAGUUUUGCACAAGAGGGAAGAUCAUGUAUCACUUCACGUGUUUAUCCAACAAAGGCUAUCAACAACAAUGCUCAAUUAUUCUUGUUUAACAACGCUACGGCAACCAAAGUUACUGCCUCAGUCAACAUAUGGCAAAUGAAUUCUGCUCAUGUCUAAUUAGAUGUUAAAUAUAUUAUUUGUUCUAUUAUUGUUUAAAAUUGAUCUAAGAGUGGGAAAAGAUAUCCCUCAAUUCUUUUGUAUGUAAUCAUCCUUCC